AUGGCCAACUAUAAAACUAUGGCUGGUAGCGCACAAUAUAAAUUUGAUGUAUUGGCAAAGAUAGUCAAACAAUGGCUUCAGACCGAAGCUUUGGUAAAGAAUCCUAAGAUUGAGGUAACCUCUGACGGCAGAUUUGUCUUUAAAGCUAUGUAUAAGAUAAAGGAUAAGAAAUCCUUACUGAGACUUCUAAAACAGCAUGAUCUAAAAAGUCUUGGGGGUAUUUUGUUGGAAGAUAUACAGGAAAGCUUACCGCACUAUGAGAAAUACUUAAAAAAUCUACAAAAUGAAAUAUUAUUUAUUACACGGCCACUUGAUAAAAAGAAGAUUGUUUUUUACAAUGACAAGACAGCACAAUUUCCUAUAGACAAGGAGUUCCAAAAGUUAUGGAAAGCUGUUACAGUAGAUGCUAUGGAUGAUCAGAAAAUAGACCAAUAUCUUGAGAAACAAGGAAUCAGAUCCAUGCAAGAUCACAGACUGAAGAAACCAGCACUGUUCAAAAGGAAGAAACCUGUCAAUAGGUGGAAACAAUUUAAGAAACCUAGAGAUAAUGAACAUUUGACUGGUGUUUUAGAGACACAUGAUAAUUAAGUAAAAUAUUAAAAUAGA